AUGGAGUUCAAAUCCCCACGAUUUCCGAAUGGGAAAUAUCACUUCCCAGAUAAUGAUUCCAGAGGAACAGGAAUCAACGAGGUCUACACCCCGUCCAACUAUGACAGUCCAUCUCCCGGCACUACAACUGAUAGCAGAAGCCUUGGAGCCACCGGCAGUGCCUCAGCCAACAGAAGCCCUACAUCAAUCAGAAGUCCUGCAGCGACCAGAAGUCCAACAUCUACCAAGAGUCCUGGAGCAGCCAGAAGCCCCGGAUACGCCCAAAGCCCUGGAACCCAGAAUGUCAACGGGAUCAUGAACGGCAGCGGUAGCGGCCGUAGUAUGCCGCGCAAAUCAUCCAUCAAGCCCGGCAAGCGCCGCUCAACCACGAUGAACGAGCAAACCUUCGUCCCGCUGUCCAUGCGAGCCCUCUACUACUGUCUUUCCCCAUCCCCAGACACAGAGAUGGUCGAACCCAUCCCCGACGGCCCGGCCAGCCCCAAGCCGCGCCGCUUCUCCAACCCGGGCAACGAACUCGUCCUGGACCCGGAGUUCCCAACCCCGCAGCCCUCAUCACACCAGUACCUGCUGAAGGUGCAGACAGCGGCGUUCUGUCAAGACGAAAUGCGCCUUGCAGAAGUGCUGAACCCACAGAAGACCACGCCGCAGAUCCCGCUGCACAGCGUCUGCGGCACCGUCAUCAGCACGCCGACGGAGGACCACAUGGUGCCCGGCGGACCGAAGUUCAAGAUCGGCGAUACGGUGUUCGGCGUAAUGAGCUAUACGCGUGACGGGGGUGCGGCGGACUAUGCGCUCGCAACAGAGGAAGAGUUGGCACUGAAGCCGUCAAAUAUCGGGGCUCAGGAGGCGGCGGCGUUGGCGUUGCCCGGGUUAACAGCUUGGCAGGCGUUGUUCCGAUAUGCGGAGAUUGAUCCCGAUGCACCGAGUGACAAGGCCAGUGGGGAGGGGAUGGAAAACGGACAUCGGGAUAGAAGGAGUGGGUAUGGUAGUGGGAGUGGCAGCGGAAAGAGUCCAACCUGGCGAAGUGGAAACGGGAGUGGUACUGAUCAGCAAUAUGGCAAUGGUAGUGGCAACGGGGAUGGUCGUCAACGAAGUUGGAUCAGAAAGAGCAUGGAUGGACUCAACAACCGGUUUGAAAGUGGCCAAGAGUGGCUUAAGAAGAACGGUAUCGGUCCAGGGAACGGCAAUGGCAAUGAAAAUGGCAACGGCAAUAAAAACGGCUCUACUAAUGGAAACGGAGCGAACUGGAUCAAAAGGCUGAGCACUGCGAGUGGACUUUAUGGAUACGGCGGCAAUGGCAACGGCCAUCGCCCUAGUCUCGCCUUUCGCAACGGCAAUGGGAUGAGGAAAAAGCGGUCACCGUUGCAGCUGCGCGUGCUCAUAACCAACGCCCGAGAUAGCGAGGUAGGACGCCUGGCAGUCCAGCUUCUCCGCGCAGAAAUGCUCUUCCCGCAUCAUGUCCGGCCCUGGAUCUGCGUCACCUGCAGCCCGGUGGAAGAGCAUAUCGUGCGCCAGGAGUGGGACGUCGACCAAGUCAUCGUGCUGCCACAUAUGCCCGCAGCUAGCGAGUUCGACUUUGGGAAGAUAUUCCGGGCUCGGCGCUUAGAUCCGGUCGACGUGGUACUGGAUUGUACCGGCGGCGUGGUCUUUCGACAGGCGCAUUCACCGGCGGUGGUGAAGGAGUUCGGAGCUGUUUUAACGGCUGUGGACCCAUAUCCCGCUCAGGAGCCUGCCAAUGCUGAUCCGUAUGACGUCCUAGGAAGAAGAAAGCGCGGGCUACGAAGCCGAUUUGUGCCUGUCAACCCUGACAGCAAGGCGUUGGCACGGAUUGUCGAGCUGGUUGAGAGUAACAUGCUUCGAGGUCGGCCGGAGACAGUCGUUGAUCUGAUUCACGCGGACAGGCUACUUAAAGACCAUGGCGUUGGUGCAGGUGCAGCACGACAAGGAGAGAUGAUGGUCAUUCGAGUCAAUUAA